UGAGUGUUCAGCAGCCAGUCUUUCUCUGCAGAGGCAAAGAACACCCACCCAUCUAGAGAAAUCCCUUUUCACAAAAACCCAGCCUAUAAUCUACCCCCACCUACAGGGUGCCCCCAUCCCUUACCCUCAUUCUGUCCUCCUCUCGGUCCUUAUCAGCAUGUCUGAGACCACUAAAACCCAUGUUAUCCUGCUGGCCUGCGGCAGUUUCAAUCCUGUCACAAAAGGACAUAUUCAGAUGUUCGAGAGAGCACGAGAUUUCCUGCACAAGACUGGAAGAUUUAUUGUCAUAGGAGGAAUCAUCUCCCCUGUUCAUGACUCAUAUGGCAAACAGGGUCUAGUCUCAAGCAGACAUCGUCUUAACAUGUGUCAGCUGGCUGUGCAGUGCUCAGAUUGGAUUAGGGUGGAUCCUUGGGAGUGUUACCAGGAUACAUGGCAGACAACAUGUAGCGUCCUGGAACACCACAGAGACCUCAUGAAGAGGGUCACUGGUUGCAUCCUUUCUAAUGUGAAUACACCCUCCAUCACACCAGUGAUUGGACAGUCCCUGAACCAAUCAACACAGCCGGUCUACCAGAACAGCAACCUCAGCAACAAGCCCACUGCAGUACGUAUACUCGGGAAAGUGGGAGAGGGGUUGAGUCGCAUGUGCUGUGCUCGUCCUAACCUACAGCGUGUCACCUUUGUGGAUGAGAAUGCAAACCUUGGCACAGUGAUGCGAUACGAGGAGAUAGAACUAAGGAUCAUGCUUCUGUGUGGAAGUGACUUACUUGAGUCCUUUUGUAUCCCCGGCCUUUGGAAUGAGUCAGAUAUAAAGGUAAUCGUUGGCGAUUUUGGCAUUGUGGUUGUGCCACGUGAUGGAACCGACACUGAGCAAAUCAUGAAUCACUCAUCGUUGCUACGUAAAUACAAGACCAACAUUCUGGUGGUUAAAGAUGACAGCAAUCAUCCAAUGGCCAUUGUAAGCUCCACCAAGAGCAGGUUGGCCCUGCAGCAUGGAGAUGGCCAUGUGGUGGAUUAUCUCACACAGCCAGUUAUCGAUUAUGUCCUGAAGAGUCAGCUUUACAUCAAUACAUCAGGCUGAAAACACCGUACUCCCAUGCUUACCAGGCGUGACUCUUUGGUCCUCUCAUGAUCACAAUAACGUGUUCUUACUCACUACGCACUAUGACUUUCUAUUCAUAUCAUCUCUCAUCAUCAUCAUAAUGUUCCUAAUCAUUAUUCCCUUUCUUCCCCUGUCUUUUAACUCCUGAGCACUCUCCAAAGUAUGAAAGGAGAAAGUGGGGCAGUCUUUUUUCUUGUGGGUUUAAAUAUUAAGGCAGUAAUUACAUUAUUGUCGUAGAGUGGGGUAUUUAUCAACCUUUUUAGUGAUUUGCACAACCUGCCACACUGAAUGGGUAUUUAUUUCCCUCUCUAUAAGUUAGGGUUUCAAGGGUGGGUUUAUUCAAAAAGCCCUGUUAUGCCCCAGGAAAAGGUUUCCAGCAUCUGCUACCCUAAGGGUCAUAAUUACCAUAUCCUAUCAUCUUCCAUUCCCUGACACCUCUUUCACCACUUAUGUCCUAUUAGAUCAUGGAUAAUUUGAGUUGGGGACUGUCUCAGCAACACACGCGUGCUGCACGCGAUUAGCAUGUUCUUGCUGUGCCUAUAUCUUCAUGGUGUUAUCAUAAUCUUUUUUUGAACCUCUUGACUAGGAGGUAUACAUGUGCAACUGUUUAGCCUUGUAUAAAUGGAGAUCAGCAAAGAACGUUUGGAGACUACCAAUGAGAAAUACCAACCACAAGCAUUAAUAGUUGGUUCUGCAGUACAGGAGAUAGUUUUAGAGUAAGGUGCAGUCACAUUUAGUGAUGUACAACAUGAUAAAACAAAUGUAGAAAUGCAUAAAUCUACUGUUGUGUUGUAUUUCAUACUAUAACCAUUUCAAUUCAUAUGAUCUUCUUCCUGGAAGCCAGUAAGAUAUCUAGAUGGAAUCAUAAGGGCAUAAUUGAAUGGCACAACAAAUUAAAGAAUAUAUACUCUUUGUUAAGGGCUAUUUCUAUUAUCUGAGAAGACAUUAGUUACUGCAAAAUCCACUUGCAACUAAUACUUAGGUACAACAGUGCUCAUAGGAGGCAAAAUCUCAUUUUAUUCUGUAGGAAAUGAGUAUAUAAGUAGAUCACUAAAAAAAAACAAAGAAUUAUAAAAAUGUGUUAAAUUAUUUGGACUAUAUGCAUCAUUAUCAUCAAGUAAUGUUACAUUGAAAUGGCAGCAGAAGGCAUUUAGCACUAAAAUAGGUAUACUUCUCCACCAAGACCAAGCCCUUGACCCUAAAAUAUAAUGUAUAUGACCCUAAAAUAUAAUGUAGACUAGACUUAGGCCCAAUUUUUCUUAAUCCUUACAUCAUACUAUGUUCUAUACUAUUGACUUCUCUAUACAGUCUAUAGUAGGUUAAGAACUUCCAGCAUAGAGAGUUAACUAAAAUUCAUUAUCUUCCACCCUAUAUACUAAAAAAAUAACCUAUAUUUCACAUUAUAAGUAAAGGUUAAUUGGUUGAAUGACCACCUCCUUUUCACACCCCGUGGAAACCUCAAUGCCUAUCUUCAAAAAAGUAAUCAUGUGCUUAAUUUGAGGCCAAUUGGUCUUGUUGUAUUAUGUUGUCACAGACAAAUAUGGUCAGCAAGCCUUAAGCUUUUGCUGUUGGGCUUGUUACAAAGAUGUAUCAUGAAAGAACAGUCCCAUCACUAAAAUACCUUGAAGAAACAGAAGGCUGAAAGAUACAUAUUUCUUAUAUAAAAGAAAAAAUGACUGCAAAAUGUUUAAAGUAGUUUCCAUUAAUAACCCUAAGUAGAUGAGCAGUUGGGGUAUUAUAUAGAGCCGUAUUAAUAUUUACUCCUCUUAUGUCCCUAAGGAUGUCUACAAGAGACCCUAAAUCCAAGUGUAUAUCUACUGAUUAGCUGUUAUGGGCACCUGCCAAGUGUAUAUCUGCCUGAAUUAAAUACUUUCAUUUCAUCACUUGACCAGCCAUGAGGUGCCCUUUGGCAGCUGCAGACUCUACCAUAGAACAAAUGUGGGCCUGGUAAUUGGCUUUGUAAAGAACAUAAAGGAACAAUUAAGGAAUCACACUUUGCAUUAACAUCUGCACUAUUAUAAGCUUAUGCACAUUUGAGCUAUCCUGAUUACCUCUAUUAGUGGCAAUAAAAAAAACAUGCAGUAUGAUAAAUUACAAAAUAAUACAACUAUGGAGCAGUUAAAGGUAAAAUAAGCAUAUUAUAUAGCUUUCAUAUUUUACUGCUUGUUCAUGUAAUGGUUUAUUGCCAAAAUAACACACUUAAUCAAUAUAAAUAACUACUUGAGAAGUUAUCAUUAAAAUUGAUGUAUGAUUAAUAUAUUUUCUAAGCUAUAGGGUGUCUCCUAUAUAUUCAGUCUUCCUGCGCAGAGUUCUGUGAUGAAGUCACCUGUUGCCUAUGUAACUGCUCAUAGUUCUUUGAUUAAGUCACCUGUUGCUAUGUAACUGCUCAGAGUUCUGUGAUGAAGUCUCCUGUUGCUAUGUAACUGCUCAGAGUUCUGUGGUGAAGUCACCUGUUGCUAUGUAACUGCUCAGAGUUCUGUGGUGAAGUCACCUGUUGCUAUGUAACUGCUCAGAGUUCUGUGAUGAAGUCACCUAUUGCCUAUUUAACUGCCUUUCUUUUAAAUACAUUACUGAACAGAGACCAGCAUAAGCCAGCUAGAUGGUUUAGCCAAUAUCAUCUUGUCUAGAAAUGAUCUGACUGAUUAAACAGAGAGACAGGCUCAUCACACAAUUAAAUAAAGACUAGAAACCUCUGAAAACACAAUCAUAAUAUUACUGUUUUAUUAAAAUGGUCUCUCAGUUGUGUCUAAUGUUUCUGUCAUGGAUAAAAGGUUUACAGAGGUGGAAGAAUAUUUUUGAUGGGAAGGUAUUAAUGAAGUUACAUAAAAGUCUUUUUUCUUCUUCAUUGUAUCUACAAGGGGAAAUUAAAAUAAAUGUUCUUGAGCUAAAUAAACCUACUUUUUCUUAUUGGGUUUGCCCAUGUUUGCCAAUACACCUGUGGGACGUGUCCACAUUAGCCAAUUGGUAUUAAUACAACUGUAUAUAAUACAUAAAAUUGCAUUUCUUGCUAGUUUGAAUUAAAAAAAUAUUUUACUUAAAGGGACAUAAAACCCACAUUUUUCUAUGAUAUAGAAAGAGCAUGCAAUUUUGAAUAACUUUCCAAUUUAUUUCUGUAAUCUAAUUUGCUUCAUACUCUUGAUAUCCUUUGCUGAAAAGCAUAUCUAAAUAGGCUCAGCAGCUGCUGAUUGGUGGCGGCACAUAGAUGCCUUGUGUGAUUGGCUCACCCAUGUGCAUUGCUAUUUCUUCUUCUAUCUGAAUCAUAAAAGAAAUAUGUUGGCUUUCAUGUCCCAUUAAAGGGACAUAAUUAUAGCUCUGUAAUUCCAAUGUGUAAUUGCAAAAGUGAUAUUUUUGCAAUUUGUGUAUCGAAAAUGGGUCUCUUUAAUGAUAUAUUAGUAGGCGCUUUUCUAUUACCCUUCUUCUCUGCUUGUUAGCCCUUCCGCAAGAUAUGGAAAUAUGGUGAACGCACAGGUGCAGGAAUUAGCGCUUCUGUGAACAAAUGCCAAGAAUGUAUUACAAUAAUCCCUGUGCUUGUGGGGUCACUAUUAGCACUUGUCCCUAUAUUAACCUUAUGCCAAUAUCUUAUCAAGACAAAAUCUUAACGGAAUAUUCUAGCCAAAAUUAAACUUUCAUGAUUAAGAGCAGCAAUUUAAAGCAAUUUUCUAGUUUACACCUAUUAUCAAUUUUCUUCAUUCUCUUGGUAUCUUUAUUUGAUUGUAAACAUAGAAGACGGCCCAUUUUUGGUUCAGCACCUAGGUAGUGUUUGCUGAUUGGUGGCUACAUAUUUUUUAUUUUGAAUUGGGAGGGUUUUGAAUUUCUGUAAAUACUGAAUGGCUCUUUUAAAUGAAUUGGAAUAGACCCACUAUGUCCCUUAAGCUAUCAAUGGGGUUGAUACAAAUAUAAAUGUAAUGAUGUAGGGAAUUUGUUCUGUAGUUUUUGUCACUAAUGUAUUGAUAUUUGUUCAUUUUAACGUUACUGUUUUAACAAUAAAGAUUUUGCUUUGCUAAAAA